AAUUUCCAAUAAAAUUUCAAAAUGGGUGAUGAAUUCGAUGGUUGCGAGUGUGUUUGGUCUCACGAAUUGGCUAUGCAAAGGCUAUUGAACUUUAUACGUCAAAAUCAAAACGAAUGUACGGAUACGCAUUGUAUAGAUGUUACAGGUCGUUUAACACAAAAUACACCUUCGACCACAGGUGGAGAAGAUAAUAAUUUUACUAUGAUGACAAUGGUUAUGAUUUUUGCCUUGAUUAUGUAUUUAAUAAGACCUGAAUCAAUUAUGAAAUUGACCAAUACUAAACGUCGUGGUCAUGGUCCUAACAAUGGAGGCAACGGAGGCUCAAAUCAACCGCCACCACCUUCACCGCCGGCGGUGAAUUAAGUUUUUCUUAUUUUGACAACAAUUCCUGUAAAACAUUUCAUUUUUAUAUACACUUAUUAAUAUUGGUACUAAUUACAUACAAAAUAUAUGCAGAAAAAAAGCAUACAAAAUUAUAUAAAUAGAUAAGUAGUAGUACCUACAUAUAAUUUUGUAUGAUGUAUGUAUGUAUAAUUUUAUAAUUUAUAUUUUCUAUUAAAAAAAAAUUGGUUUAUAGCAAAACAAAAAUCGAAUAACAUAUAAUAAAAACAUGGAAUUUAGCUAACUAUGUAUAUUAAAAAAAAACAAAAUUUUGAAAAUAUAAUAAAUAUUUGCAAAGCUGAAAAGAUAA